AUGUCAUUAGAAAAUAAUUCCACUAUAUAUUCAGCUACUUAUUCGAAUGUACCUGUUUUAGAAUUUGUAACUUCUGAAGGUCCAAUAAUGAGAAGAAAGAAUGAUUCAUGGAUUAAUGCAACUCAUAUUUUAAAAAUUGCUAAAUUUCCAAAGGCUAGACGUACUAGAAUUCUUGAAAAAGAUGUUCAAACUGGAAUACAUGAAAAAGUUCAAGGUGGUUAUGGUAAAUAUCAAGGUACUUAUGUUCCACUACAAAUUGGUGAACAAAUUGCAAAGAAUUUUAAAGUUUAUGAUAUUUUAAAACCAAUUUUUGAAUAUAAAUAUAUUGAAGGUGAAAGUAAAACACCUCCUCCAGCACCAAAACAUAAUCAUGCCCUGGCUAUAAAUAUAGCAAAAAGACAAGCAUCGUUUAAUAAAAAACAACAAAAACUUCUAGCUCAAGAAUCAUUUCAAAGUUCUAGUUUUUCAUCUGAUGAACCAAAGAAAAGAGGACGACCUAGGCGUUCACAAACCUUAAGUGGAACUCCAUCAUUGAGUCGAUCGAAUACAAAACCGAUUGAAUCAAUUGAUAAUGGAGAAACAGACGAUGAUGAGUCAAAUACGACCAUCAUCGCCAAAAAGAGAAGGUAUGAAUUUGGUGAAUCACAACAAGAUUUACUCUCUUCAAAAGAAUUAUUUGGAGUUUCAAGAAACUCCAUUGACAAAAAAAAUUCUGUUUUAUUUCAGCAAUAUCGAUCACCAAGUAUCAAUUUAAAUUUAAGUCAAGAAAAUCAAAUUUAUAAUGACUAUUUUCAAAGUUUAUUAUCUUUCUUUCUUGAUGACAAUGUAAGAUUACAAAAUUCAUUGCCCGAAAAAUUACUUGUACCACCUCAACCAUUAAGCAAGAUCAAUAUUAAUCAGAGCAUUGAUAAUGAAGGUAAUACUAUCUUUCAUUGGGCAUGUUCAAUGGCAAACUUACCAAUUAUAGAAUUUUUGCUUAAAACCUUUAAAUCAGAAAUAUCAUCAAAUAUAAGGAACAAUAACGGAGAAACUCCCUUAAUGUUUCUCGUUAAAUUCAACAACGCUUAUAAUAGCAAAAGCUUUUAUCAUAUUUUAUCAGCUUUGAUAAAUUCAAUUUAUAAAGUUGAUAGUAACGGGAAAACUAUAUUACAUCAUAUUAUUGAAAACAAAAAGGAAAAAAUAUCAAAAUAUUAUCUUGAUUGUUUAUUAGUCAAAUUAAUUGAAAAUCAAGAAGAACAAGUUGAAGAAGGAAAUGAUCAAUUUCAAAUAAUUUAUAAAUUUAUAAAUCAUCAAAAUUCAGAUGGUAAUACAGCUUUUCAUAUAGCAAGUUAUAAUUUGAAAAAAAAAUUAAUUAGAACAUUUAUAAAUUAUCAUAAAUUUAUUGAUUUUGAAUUGAGAAAUCUUGUAGGAUGUACAGUUGAAGAUUAUCUUGCAAGUCAUAAUUUUGUAUUAAAAUUAGAUAAUGAAGCUAAAAAUGAACCAGAUAUAACUAUGCAAGAAACAGAAAUAUCUAAUAAUAUCAUUUCAUUUGAAAAUCAAUUAAUUAAAACUAAACAAGCAAUGAAUUUACAAAAUAGUGUAUCUAAUAUAAUUACUGAAAAACUUUCAAAUUUGGCAUUUUCAUUAACUGAAGAAUUAAAUAAAAAAGAUGAAACGAUUUCAAAUUAUUAUAAAAUAAUUAAACAAAUAUCAGAAUUAAAAAUAUCAUCUCAAAGAAAGACAUUAUCUUAUUUUAAAUAUGAAAAUUUGAUAGAUGAUUUAGAAGAUUCAAAUACUUAUUCACAACAAACUACUUCAUCAUCACAAGAACAUUUAGAUUUGAAUAUUGAUCUUAAAAAGGAUUUUAUAAUACAGAGUGAAAUAAAUAGAUUGAUAAACGAUCUUACGUUCCAAUUAUUAAAUAAAGAAGAAGAAUUAAAUUGUUUAAAGUUGAAAUAUCACAAUUUGUAUAACAUAAAACAUGCAAAUGUUAUAAAUGAUGCUGCUAUUAACAAACAAGAAGUUGAAGAAGGUGAUGCAUUAGAAUUAGCUAUUGAAUUACAAAAUCAAAUUAUCAAGAGAAGAAGUUUAGUUAAUGAAAUUAUUGAAUCUGGUAUCAAUGUACCAAUAGCUAAUUUGAAUAUUAAGAAAGAAAGUAAUGGUCAUGGAUUUAUAGAGUCUUUUUCAAAUGCAUCUAAUGGUGAUGAUAAUUUAUUUAAAUAUAUUAAGUUGAUAUCUUUAAGUUGUGGUUUAAAAUUUGAUGAAAUUGAAAAACUGAUUGAUUUGAUUGAGCAAAGUUUAACUAAUGAAAAAUCAAAGAAAUAG